CAGCGGAGUAUUAUUAUACUCCACACUUUUUCCACGCCUAUCAAAUACGGCAGUACUGCUUGCUACUAACAAAACAAGACGAAGAAACAUUUUUUUUACAAUGGAUGAGGUGGAAAUUAUGCGAGCUGAAUUCGAGGCAGUGCAAGAGCAAAACGACCGCUUAAUGAACGAAAACACUCAAUUGCGCCGUGAACUUCAACUUAAGAACAAUGAAGAAAGAUCGAAGUCCGCUCUAAAUGUGGAAGCAAAACUUAAGGCAUUUGAAUAUGAAAAUGAUCGAGAUCGCAUGUAUGAGCAACUGGAAAAACUGAAACUUAAGUACAAUCAACUGCAUGUGGCUUUUGUGGCCAAAGUGAAGCGGUGUAAGGCCUUUGAGGAAGUUUUCAAUCGACAGAAGACCCUAAACGGAUUGGUCAUGAAAUCGGCCACAGCCAAAGGGCAAAAAGAACCAAGCUCUUUAUUGGAAGGGAGACAAUCGGAAAACAGUGAAAGUGUUACCAUACACACGUUGAAUGAACAAGUCACAACACUGAAAAACGAACUAGCCGAAGCGUACGACAUCAUCGAUGAGUUAGAGUUCGAACUGGAAAGUAUAGAUAUCCUAGAAAUGGAAAAUCAACGCCUACAAGAGGAGCUGAAAUCGAUCAAAAAAGAAAAACUAAGGCUUAGAACUGGAAUUGCUGCGCAUUGGGAUGACGGUGAAGAUGAGUCUAACGAAUUCGAAGGAGCACCACGGUUUGGCACUGAUUCUGUGGCCUCGUCUUUAGCUGAAUCUAUUGCGGGGGACAUGGAUCCGGAAACCGUGGAGCGAGCCGCUUUAACCGAAAGUCUGGUUCGUUUGGCCGAUGUUGAGAGCAAUUCUCUACGACGUGAGCUAUUAAGAUCGAGGCUACGCAAGACCGUUAGGGACAUGAGACCCACAAGUACCGAUGCUUAGCCAUCAUGCGCAAUCUGUUGACGGCCACUGCAGCCGAAGUGUUGGCACUCCCCUCGACCACAAGUGACAGAUGAACAUUAAGUCAGUUGAUUCCAAUUUAUUUACCAUUGCUUAGCUCCAUAGAGGUUUCAUAUUUUCCAAAAUAAAAAACAAAAA